AAUACUAACAACAGAAGAGAUUUAAUAAUUUUUUUGUUUUUCGUUUACGUGGAAUUGUAAACUUUCUGUACAGUUUUUCUCUAAAAUUAAUAAAAUAUUCUAAAUUUUUAAAUAGAAAACACCACAAUAAUACACUUUACAAAAUGAUUGAAGUAACAGAUUUACAAAAAAUUGGUAUUGGUUUAUCGGGCAUGGGUAUAGGUUUUCUAUUCCUGGGUGUACUAUUUCUAUUCGACAAAGGUUUACUGGCCAUAGGAAAUAUUCUUUUCUUAUCUGGCUUGGGUUGUGUUAUCGGUUUGGAACGCACAUUUCGUUUCUUUUUCCAACGUCAUAAAAUCAAAGGUUCUAUAGCAUUUUUCGGUGGCAUUUUUGUGGUUCUAUGCGGUUUUCCCAUCAUAGGCAUGGUUAUAGAAUCAUAUGGUUUCUUUGCCUUGUUUAGUGGUUUCUUCCCAGUGGCCAUAAGUUUCCUAAGUCGUGUACCCAUUUUGGGUUCAAUCUUCAAUACACCAUUUAUGCAAAAGCUUGUUGAAAAACUUGGUGGUGAUGCUAAUCGAACGAGGGAUUCCACUAUGACAUGAAAAGACCCGACCUAACGAUGAUGAAUGAACACAUAAUUUGAAAACACACAUUUGUAUUUGCGCACCCGACUGUAGUAAAGGCGAUGGUGUAUGAUGUACAAACUCUAAUUGUAAAGAAUCUUAAGAAAAAAACAAAUAAAAUAAAUAUAAUUCUUU